GCCAGGCGUCCUCUGACUCCCGGCUGGCUCUCACCCCGGCCUCUCCCAGGGCUGGGGCUCGGCCCCAUCAGCUCCCGUCGGCACCGCUCAUUCCUCCUCUCUUCCUCUCCUCCCUCCUCUCUAUCUCGCCUUCCUUUCCCCUCCCUCUUCCUUCCCCGUUUCCUCCCUCUUCCUCGCGGCUCCCGCAGUUCCCUCCUGCAGCCGGCCGGCGGCUCUCGCACGAUGUUCCGGCUCCUCCAGUGGCUGCCGCUCUUGCUGCUGCUGCCUCCCCCGGGGUCCCCCGAGCCCCCCGGCCUGGCCCCGCUGUCCGCGGGGGCGCCCCCCCAGGCCCCCGACUUGCUCUACGCCGACGGGCUACGCGCCUACGCGGCGGGGGCCUGGGCGCCGGCGGUGGCUCUGCUGCGGGAGGCGCUGCGGAGCCGGGCGGCGCUGGGCCGCGCGCGGCUGGACUGCGGGGCGCGCUGCGCGGCCGAGCCAGGGGCCGCGCUCCCCGCCUCCCCGGGGCCCGACUCCGGGCCGGGAGCGGCGCGGGGUGCCUGGGAGCCGCUGCUCCUCCGUGCCGCGCUCCGGCGCGCCGAGUGCCUGACCCAGUGCGGGGCGCGGAGGCUGGGUCCGGGGGGCGCGGCGCGGCUCCGAGUGGGGAGCGCGCUGCAGGACGCCUUCCGCCGCCGGGAGCCCUACAACUACCUGCAGAGGGCCUACUACCAGCUGAAGAAGUUGGACCUGGCAGCAGCCGCAGCGCACACCUUCUUUGUGGCCAACCCGACGCACCUUCAGAUGCGAGAGGACAUGGCUAAGUACAGACGGAUGUCCGGGGUUCGGCCCCAGAGCUUCCGGGACCUGGAGACGCCCCCAUACUGGGCAGCCUAUGACACCGGCCUGGAGCUGCUGGGGCACCAGGAAGCAGCAUUGGCACUGCCCUGGCUGGAGGAGGCCCUGCAGGAGAGCCUGGCCCAGGUGGAGAGCUGCCGGGCCGGCUGCGAGGGGCCUGAGGAGCAGCAGAAGGCGGAAGAGGAGGCGGAGGGGACCGGGAGCUCAGGAGGCCUGUACGAGGCCAUCGCAGGGCACUGGAUAGGGGUCCUGCGGUGCCGGCAGCGCUGUGUGGGGGACACGGCCACACGUCCUGGUCGCAGCUUCCCUGUCCCAGACUUCCUUCCCAGCCAGCUGAGGCGGCUGCACGAGGCCCAUGCUCAGGUAGGGAAUCUGUCCCAGGCUGUGGAAAAUGUGCUGAGCGUUCUCCUCUUCUACCCGGAGGAUGAGGCUGCCAGGAAGGCUCUGGACCAGUACCAGGCCCAGCUAGGAGAGCCGAGACCUGGCCUCGGGCCAAGAGAGGACAUCCAGCGCUUCGUCCUUCGAUCCCUGGGGGAGAAGAGACAGCUCUACUAUGCCAUGGAGCACCUGGGGGCCAGCUUCAAGGAUCCCGAUCCCUGGACCCCAGCAGCUUUCAUCCCUGAGGGCCUUAGAGAAAAACUCAGAGAGGAUCGGGAGAAGACGCCGUGGGACCGUGAGCCUCCACAGCCGAAGCCCUUGACUCACUGGAAGGAUGUCCUCCUCCUGGAGGGGGUAACCCUGACCCAGGACGCAAGGCAGCUGAAUGGGUCGGAGCGAGCGGUGCUAGACGGGCUGCUCACCCCAGCCGAGUGCGGGGUGCUCCUGCAGCUGGCCAAGGACGCGGCUGAGUCUGGAGCCAGGUCUGGCUAUCAGGGCCGCCGCUCCCCACACACUCCCCACGAACGCUUCGAGGGGCUCACGGUGCUCAAGGCCGCCCAGCUGGCCCGGGCUGGGGUUGUGGGCAGUCAGGGCGCCCAGCUGCUUCUGGAGGUGAGCGAGCGCGUGCGGAGCCUGACACAGGCCUACUUCUCCCCGGACCGGCCCCUGCACCUCUCCUUCACCCACCUGGUGUGCCGUAGUGCCAUAGAAGGAGAGCAGGCACAGCGCAUGGACCUGAGCCACCCGGUGCAUGCAGACAACUGCGUCCUGGACCCUGACACCGGGGAGUGCUGGCGGGAGCCCCCAGCCUACACCUACCGAGACUACAGCGGACUCCUCUACCUCAAUGAUGACUUCCAGGGUGGGCACCUGUUCUUCACAGAGCCCAACGCCCUCACCGUCACGGUAAAUGGGGGCUGGGGCGGGGGACAGGGAGCCCAGCUGUGGGCUCAGGACUCAAAACAGAAGGUUCCCAGAGGCAAAUGCAGGGAAGUGGCUGGGGCCGCCUUAGCCCUCUCCUUCCCUGGCCUCCCCAGCGCCUCCCACCACUUGUGUGUUCAGGGGCUCUCCGAGCCCCUCCCAGGAGACCUCCAAGGGGCCCCUCCAGGCCCUCCUAAAGGAGGGCGGGUGAAGCACAGGACCCCAAGCCCCUAUUCCAGGUACAAGUUGGGGGCUAGGAUCGGUGGAAGGGCGGAGCAGUGCUUCUUCAUUGUGUAUUGCUCUGCCUUGUCCAAUUACUUCCUUCUCUGCUCACCACCGGUAACCCAAGCUCUCUUUGGGGUGGAAAAGUGUCCUCAAGAUCCUUAUGCCCAGAACCCGGAGUCUGGUGCUGCGCUCGUGCCUUCAGGUGGCUUCGCACCUGGUACAAAGAGUUGGCCAGGAAAAGUGAGGGCACUGGGGCGGAUGGAGGUCCCUUCUCCCUUUGGCUCCAACUCCUCUAGCCUCAAUCUGGCACUUGGGCUCCCCAAGUGGAGGCUCCUUUCCCACUUGCCCCCAGACAGCCCCUGAAUUAUGGAGGGGAAGUGGUGGGCAAGAGAGCUGCCUUCUCUGGGCCCCCUACCCCCGUCCUACUCCAGGGACUCAGGGCCAGGUUUUCCGAGGGCCCCUCCCUGGAGCUGCAUCCGCCAUGGCCCGCCAGGCGCAGGUCCGUCCUCGCUGCGGACGCCUCGUGGCCUUCAGCUCCGGCGUGGAGAAUCCCCACGGCGUGUGGGCCGUGA